AUGGAGAAGCCAUUGCGAGUCACUCUCCGGCAAAUGGAGGGAGUCCAAGAAACCGAUCAACCUCAAUAUCAAUAUGGUCAACAUCAUCACUCAGAUACAGAAGAUGUAGAUUCUCUGAUUUUGGAUGACAAUGCCUCCUUUCACAAUGUGUUUGCCAAGGAUACCAUGCAAGGCAAAGCACAACCAUCCGUGCAACACAAAACAAAUCCCAAGCAAUACCAACAGAAUGAGACGAGGCCAGAAACUAAAGGACAAGAGCACAAAUCUUAUGCCUUACCUAGGCCAGCCAUGCCUAAAAUGGAUUUCCCUGAUUUUGAAGGUUCUGACCCAAAGGAUAAGCAGGCUUUAGUAAUUACACUGUCUCUUGCAAUAUCACUGCAUUCAAUUGGGGGCUUUAAGCCCUUAGCUGGCUGUGUAAGAAUUCAACUGAUUUUGUUUCCUUCAGUGAUUGAGCCGGUUCAGCUACCGGGGAGCCCUAAAAGUGGCGUAACUCCAAAGAAAUCAGGUGAAAGCGCACUCAUUCUGAUACGGCAUGGAGAAUCGUUGUGGAAUGAGAAGAAUCUGUUUACUGGAUGUGUCGAUGUUCCCCUGACCCCUAAGGGUGUUGACGAGGCAAUUGAGGCAGGAAAAAGGAUAUGCAACAUCCCAGUUGAUGUAAUAUACACUUCGUCGCUGAUUCGGGCUCAGAUGACCGCUAUGCUUGCCAUGAUGCAGCAUCGUCGUAUGGUGAGCUUCAAGGCCUUAACAAGCAAGAAACCGCUGAUCGAUUUGGUAAAGAGCAAGUUCAUGAAUGGCGUCGCAGUUAUGAUAUUCUCCCCAAAUGGAGAGAGCCUUGAGAUGUGUGCAGAGAGAGCAGUUGCUUAUUUCAAAGACCAAAUUAUACCUAAACUUGUGGCUGGAAAGCAUGUAAUGAUUGCUGCCCAUGGGAAUUCACUUCGUUCGAUUAUAAUGCAUUUGGACAAGUUGACUUCUCAAGAGGUUAUCAGCCUUGAGUUGUCUACUGGCAUUCCUAUGCUGUAUAUAUUUAAGGAAGGGAAAUUUAUCAGGCGAGGAAGUCCCGCAGGACCUUCUGAAGCAGGUGUCUAUGCUUAUACCAAGAAUUUGGCUCAGUACAGACAGAAGCUUGAUGGCAUGGUUCAGUAG